UUACCACUCAAAAGUUGCCAACCAUAUUUUCAAUACACCGAUUUUUAUCUACUCAAGUCAAUCCUCUGUACUGAGACUAUCGAUUAUAUUUAUCCAUUUCUAUGGUUAUUUUUUUCGUUUUGAAUUGAAAAAAAAAUUCAUUUUCAAUUUUUAUGGAUGAUUUAAUUGAAUUUUAUUAUUGUUAUUGUUUUUCUAAUGAAUAAUAUGAUGAUUUGGUGGCAAAAUAUUGACAAAGAUUGUAAAAGAAAAGUGGAAAAUCCGAAAAAUAAGUAAAUACCCGCUCUUGGGUAUUUCGCGCAAGAUUACAUUCACGCAAGCUCAAAGAAAAACGUCGAUAAUCGGUCGCGCGUGCGAGCCAACGAGUAUUGUAGAAAAUAGCCGGGUAAACAUAUCGAGAUAAGCGACCCUGGAACGAUUGAAAACAACGUAGGUCCAGUAUCUAUAUCAUCAAUCGUGUGUAAGAGAGGAAGAGACUGAAAAAUCAACUAAAAAGAUUAAAAGCUCAGAUUUCGACACUACUCUCAGGUCGUGGGGUAGAUCUCUCGUUCCAACUACAGGGUGCUAGCGUGUACCACAGGGGUCCACUUGCAGAGAGCUCAAAGUAGGAGAAAGUGAGUGCGACGACAGGUCCUCGGGGAACUCACUCAACAUAUGCAUUCCCGGUCCAGUGGAUCCCACUAAGCUCAUAGAAUUGAUUCAAUGUUCUAGCUUUAAAGUUGAAAGAUGUUGAUGAUACUUUUACUUGGACUACACUUACAAUCAUCUUGGGGCUUUCGAGGACCUCAUCAUCCACAGAGCUCUGUUUCACAUCAUCAUUACGCACCCCAAGCAGACGUCAAAUUGACUCACGACUCUCAAUUACUACACGAUACCGCACAUUUAGCUGAAGAUAUGAAUAAUCUUGGAGAACAUUUAGAUUUAUCCAAAAUGAGUGAAGAAGAAUUAGACUUUUAUUACUUCAAGAGCCAUGAUGUGGACAAUAAUACUAAAUUAGAUGGAUUAGAAAUGCUCUACGCAAUUCAACAUACUUUUCACGAGGACGAUAUUCAUGAGACUGAUGACUCUAUUCCUUUAAUUGUUGAUUUGAUAGACCGAGUAUUAGAAGAAGACGACUUGGAUAACGACGGGUACCUUGGAUAUGCUGAGUAUGUUUUAUCUCGGCAAAGUUCAGAGCGACCAAAAAAUUUAAAACUUGAUAUAAAAUAAUAACAAAGUUGAAAUAUUUUACUCUUAUAAAUUUUAUGAAAUAAUUAAAGUCUUUGUAAUCAA